AUGGCAUCUACCAUCCUCUCCCCAACGCACACGCUCACCCCCUCGGAAGCAUUCACGCACCCCCUGCCCCAAGUCCGCACCUUCCACCGCAGCCUAACAACCUCCCUCGACGAAAAGUCCUCGCAUCUACGAACCCUAGUCGGCGGAUCCUACCGCGAGCUCCUCGGGACCGCCGAGACGAUCUUGCGCAUGCGUGAAGACAUCGAGGUGGUCGAGGAGAAACUGGGGCGCGUGGGGAAGGGAUGCGGGCGGAAUGUUGUGGGGCAUAUGGUUGGCGGCCUGGGGAAGUUACAGGAUGAGGGCGGUGCGGGGAGGGAUAUGCAGUUGGGGAGGGCGGCGAGGGGGAAGUGUUUGGGCAUGUGUGGUGUGCUUGCCAGUCGAUUGUUGAAGAGGAAUACGCCGGCUGAAAACAAAGCGCUGAAUCUGGUGUUAGCGGCUAAAGUCUUGGUUCUCGGCAGACUGCUUUUGAAAAGCGUUGGGGGAGAGGGGGAGGUGGAGGAGAUGAAGAGGAAACUUGGGGGGUUGAGAAGGCGGUUGUUGAGGGGCGUGGAGAAGAUUGUGCAGAAGAGUGGAGGCGGCGAUAGGGAGGAUUUGUUGGGUGCGUUGAAGGCGUAUGCGAUUGCUACGAGCUCGGGGGCUAAGGAUGUGCUGAGGCAUUUCUUGCAGAUCAGAGCUGAAGCUCUUACUCUUGCGUUUGAGGAUGAUGAGGACGAGGUGCCUGGGGUUGUGAGGGCGUUGGAGUUGUAUACAAGGACGCUGCUUGAUGUACAGGCGCUUGUACCGAGACGUCUUUCGGGAGCGUUGGCUGGGCUGAAGGCAAAACCGUUAUUAAACGAUGAGGCGAUUAGGGAGUUGGAGGGCUUGAGAUUGGAUAUUUGUGAGAGGUGGUUUGGAGACGAGAUCUUGUUUUUUACUCCAUAUAUUCGGCAUGAUGAUCUUGAGGGCGCAUUGGCUGUUGACACAUUGAAAGGUUGGGCGAAGAAGGCUUCUGAAGUUUUGCUGGAAGGACUCUCUAAAUCGCUGCAGACGAUGAAUGAGUUUAAAGCUGUUGUUGCGCUGAGAACGAGGAUUCUUGAGAUUUGGAUCAAGGAUGGAGGGAAGGCUAGAGGUUUUGAUCCGUCGAUUCUUCUUGAUGGUUUACGGAAAGUGAUCAACGACCGCCUAGUUCAGCUUCUCGAGACCAGAGUAAAAAAGCUGCAUCUUGUCGCUACGGAUGUCGAGGGUACAUUGGCAUCUUGGAGAGGGGGCAUCACAGACAAGCAAGAGAGUCUCUGGGAUGCCACUAUGCUAGAUAUGGAGCUCACUCACGGCGCCACACUUUUCAAGCAAGAAGUUCUCGCUCGGACACACGGCCGGAACGAUGCUAUUUCCAGACCUCUCAAAGGAUACCAGGCAUGGCGGCAGCUUGUGGAUGAGAUUAUGACGUUUAUUGAGCAGCUGAAGAAGCAGAGAUGGGAUGAUGAUCUGGAAGAUAUCGAAGACGAUAUUACUCUGGAAUCUAGGAAUACCUUGUUGAGCAAAGAUGAUCCGAAUAUGCUGCAAGACCAUCUAGAUACCAGCUUGGAGAAAGCGUACAAGGAUCUCCAUGAGAAAAUUGCUUCGAUGCUGGCUUCCUACGAAGGUGAAGAAAUAGGCUCUGUAUCUAUCUACAUCCUUCGAAUUAUUCGCGACUUCCGCACAGAACUGCCGAAGAACAAGUCUUUACAACCCUUCGGUCUUGCACUGGUACCUCAACUAUACGACAGACUAGCAUCUACGACUUCGGAAGAGUUGAUUAAAUCAUAUUCAAAGAGCUUCGCUAGAAAGAAGGUUGUAGGGAGAUCUCUGUGGGAAGGCAACCCCCAAAUACCGGUCCAACCAUCACCUGCGACUUUCAAGCUGCUUAACGGCUUAACCUUAGCUAUGGCAAAGGCAGGUAAUGACCUAUGGAGGCCAACUGCUGUUGCUGUUCUGAAAAAGCACCUGCGAACAGAGCUUGGUAGAUCAUGGUUUAGGGCAUUGAAAGAUCAAGAAGAAAAGGCUGCAAGCCAGACCAAUGGAGCCACAACUGAUGGCGAAGCGGAUUCCCAUGAGGCCAAGGAGGAAAGCAAUGGUGUUGAGGUCGUUGACCCAGUCCACCGGAAAGAAGUCUUGAUACAGUCUCUAUUCGAUGUUCUACUUCUUCAGAGCUCUUUUGAGCUGCCAGUGGCUGUGGAUGAUGAGCUACAAAAGCUGGGAGGAAAGCUAGAGGAGCAAGUGGAUCUUGAAUCUGCAUCUCGUAAGAGAAUUCAGCAGGCUGCAAAGGAUUAUUGGAAGAGGACGGGAGGGGCCGUACCUAGGUACCGAUUCGAAAGCGGGACUUCCCAGCUUUUUUUCAGCUGUAGCUUCAACAACAUCAGCGCAAUGUCAACAACACGACUUACUUUUCUAUAUCCUCAUCUAUUCCGCUCAAUUCGAGUUGGCGACCCUGCGACAAAAUCUAUACGUACCAGACAACAAACGCCAACGCCACCCCGACAAUGCUCGAAUUCACGCAGAGGAUUUGCAACGCCGAGCAGGAGGGCUCAGAGAUUCAUACCACGACAUGGCAAAGCCGUGGAGCCUUUUCUACACGAGGAUGAAACUGAAGAAGAUACCAAAGUCUUCACCCCAGAAGAAAACUCAAAAGAAGGCGAGAAAACGAAGGAUGUGAAGCAAGAAGCGUCCGAGAAGGAAGCCAAGCCCCCGAAAACCGAAAACCCCUCAUCCACAGCGCCGUUAUCAGAAGAAACACAAGCAGCUUUGAGGCUACCAGGUGACGAGGAUGUACAGGCUACCGGAAGUGAAAAAGAAGGAGGGUCAACCCCACUUCAACAAGCAGCAGCGAAUACAGAAGACAAGACAGCGCCUCCUCUGGAAACAGUGCUGCAUAUGCCACCUCCUGAGACGGCAGAGCAACGGAAUGCCGCGAAGCCGCCACACCUACAAACCCCGCCUUACGUGCACCAUUUUGAUACCUACACACUAGUGCAGCGGGUAGAAAGCGGAGGGUUUACAAACAACCAGAGUAUCACGGCCAUGAAAGCCGUUCGCGGUCUGCUCACUACAAAUCUCGAUGUGGCGAAAGAAGGACUGGUCAGCAAGAGCGAUGUAGAGAACGAGUCGUAUCUGUUCAGGGCCGCUUGCUCGGAGCUGAAGACGGAGAUUCAGAAUACGCGGAAGGCGAAUGAGGAGACGAUGCGCAGGGAGCGCAGCCUGUUGCAGCAUGAGGUUGAUAUUUUAAAUCAGAAGCUUACGCAGGAGGUGUUAAGGCUUAAGGAUGAGUUAAAGGGCAUGUUUGAUGAUCGGAAGAUGGCGGUUAGGACGGAGCAGAGGGCUAUGGAGAGUGCUAUACAAGAGCUAAAUUACAAAAUCACCGUUGGCCUCAACAGCGACAGUAAAUCCGAGGUCGAGGGUCUCCGCUGGGUCCUGACCAGACGAUCGGUCACGGGAAUCCUCUUCAUGGCAUUCAUGGUGCUGAGUUCGCUGCGGUAUGCCAGUUAUAAGUCACACGAAGAGGAGGUUAGGAAGAAGAAAGAGGCAGGCUUAAAACUCGACGAGAGUACUGAGGAUUUGCCUCCUCGAGGCGCGGCUGAGAUAUUGACCGCUAAUUAG